AUGGACGAUAGCCUUGCUAUUCUAGCUACUCGUUCUGAACGUGGUGAUAUAUAUUCAGAUCCGGAGGCUCGAAAGCUGGCUUCGCGGUUAGAUGGCUUCCCUUUUGCGUUGGCCACUGCCGGAGCAUAUCUAAGCCAGUCCAAGAUCAGUUUCGGCCAGUAUCUUCAGCGCUACGAAGAGCGGUGGAAAGUGAUGGAUUCAAUGGAAGAGCCGUCCGACCGUCCCUCACGCACGCUCUACACCGCAUGUGAUGUGUCCUUCAAAUUGAUUGAGCAGGAGAACCCACGUGCCGCCCAUCUGUUGCGAUUCCUUGCCUAUCUGGACCACCAGGAUAUCUGGUUCGAAUUGUUCCAAGGCGGGAGGCCUGGAGAUACUCCUCCUCCACCGACGUGGUUUCAACAGCUUGUGGGUGGUGACGACGCGUCCAUAUUUGACGAUACCAUGCGCGUUCUGGUUUGCCAUUGUCUGGUGGUAGAAGAGACACAGCAGCAUGACGAGGAGUCGCCAUCAUCAUCAUCAUCAUCAUCAUCAUCAUCAUCAUCAUCAUCAUCAUCAUCAUCAUCAUCAUCAUCAUCAUCAUCAUCAUACCGACUACACACCUGCGUACACGACUGGACGCUAAACGGGCUGAAUCGUAUUAUCGAUACCAGGCUAUACUGGCUAGCUUUUGAUCUCCUCACGAGUCAUUUUACCGACAAGGAGGAGGACUGCCGGUCGAUUCAACUAUCGGCUCCCAGAUAUCAACAUUUUACGGGUCACGUGUUACGGCUUGCUCACGAACGGUUUGACGACGCGCUGUGGCGAGAAGAGGCCGUGAUGAUGCGGACGACCUCGAUGACCCGCCUGUCAUUGUUCCUUGGAGGUCGAGGACAUUACAGUCCGGCCAAGAGAAUACAAAGGCGGGUUCUGACGAUGAAGGGGAUGACCUUGGGAACGGACGACCCAUCGACGCUCGACAGUCAAGCCAUCCUCGGCCUCUUGUACAACAUGGAGGGCAGGUUGAAACUCGCGGGGAAGUUGUAUGAGCGGGUGCUGGUCGGAAAGAGACGGGAGAAGGCGCCAGGAGUGGACCGGUCCUCGUCGAUUUUCGAGACUCUCGACGAACUCGGGGGUAUGUACGUCUCUGAAGGGAAACUGGACACGGCAGAGCGGAUGUUCGAAAUGGCGAUGGCGGAGAGGGAAGGGAUGACAUCAGGAGUGAACGACGACCGUUGGACCACCACUUGCGGCGGAAGUGUUUGCAGUAAACUCGCUCGAUUAUAUCUGCACCAGGGAAGGGUAGAGGAGGCGGAGGUCAUGUUUGGACGAGGAGAGCGGUCGGCCUUGUUCAAAAGCUGA